AGUAAAAAUAACAAGAAAAAAAAAAUCAAUAAUUUUCGUGUACAUCAAACUGUUGUUGUGAGCUCCUUGGUAACAGCUACGUAAUGUAUGGAAUUGUGACAAUCACACGGUGUUGAUAAUAUAGUUUACCUGCAAGUAAGUCAGUUCGUAUUGCGAGAGUUGAACAAUCAAAAUGGCUGAUAGGCUGUGUGCUAAGACGUUACCAAAAACCAGUUCUGAAAUUAUAAGUGAAGCCAAAGCUGCUCUUAACACACCGCCAUGUUACUACAUUAAACCGUUGACGACCAAAAGGCCUUUCACGCCGAGGGAAAGAGUUUUCUUUGGUCAUCGGCGACCAAAUCGACCGCCAAGUGUCAUAAAAUCACAUCACGUGCAGUUCCAGGAGAAAAAAAUUCCAAUUUACACCAAGUUACCGGCAUUAGACAAGUCCAAGUGUUUGUACUAUUUCGAAAACACAAAUGAAGUCAAUAGGCAAACCCGAAGCAGUCCUCCGAACACGAUUCGAAGGCGUUCUAAUCCAGAUUUGGUCUAUAAUGAAAACGUGCCGGGAAAAAAAAUAUCCUCAUUAUCUUUUCCACUCUCGAUUGAUGCACUAUUAAAGCACCAUUGUGAACCGAAUUAUUAUGACCACGAUUACAUGAACCAUGAAAAUAAAAUAAACGAAGCACGUGCUUUGUGUUUUGACGCCCACGUGGAUUGUUUGUGUGUCGUUUCGCUGAUCGAGAACAAAAUGAUGAAAACAGGCUUGGAAGUCGGUGAAAUGUGUGCCCUUUUGGACAAACUUGCGACGGCUGUUAAACGAGAAAGCAUAUCCAUUGCCCGAGACGGUCACAAAAAAGCUUCUAUACUUAGGACUGUGUUCAGAUUAGCCAACAGUUCAACGAAUGAUGAGCUCAUUAUUCAUAUACUAUUGGUAUUACUUCGGAUGCAAAUCUCGGGAAAGUACUUGGCGACCGUUUGCAAAUUGUUUUUCAAAGUGGCUCGUUCAGACAAAAACGACCGAUUGUUCUUAGAGACCAACGCUUUAGACCUGUUUGUCGACAUGCUCGGCUUGGCCACGCCGAACGAAGACGCCGAGGCUUUAAUAUACGGUUAUGGGGCAUUGAAGUUUCUCACCAUGAAUCCGGAUCUAAUGGAGCGAGCCAUGAGUAACGGUUGCCUUCCGCUGAUGUUACUCCACUUGAAAAUGAUCAACUUAGAACGAGCUGAACGGCCGAAAUUGCCAGAAACUGUUAACCACGUGCUGUUCCAAUUGACUGGCGCCCUGAGAAAUGUGGUCAACGACGAUAAGUUCUACUCCGAUCUGCUGGCUUCGGGUGGCUUGGCUACCGUUUACAGGACGUUGGAGUUAUUUUCUGGAGACGUGGAUGUGGUUACUAACAUCUCUAGAAUCAUAAGCAUCCUGUCCACAGACGGAAAGUGCUGUGAGGUUCUAGUGGAGUCCUGGACGAAUGUGUCCGUACUGUUGUCGCUGUUGGAUAAAUAUCCCGGGCAAGGAGAAGUAGUAGUUCGCAUCACUUACGCUUUGGGCAACAUACUAACAAACAAUGAAAACGCCAGGCAUCAAUUGUACGACGCGUUCUGUUCGAUGGGAACUUUCCUAAACCUGUUACAGUUGUACUUAGAAAAAGAUCUCAUUAACUUAUCUCGUAACACAGAGUUUAGCGUUAUCGAGGACGUCCUCAUUAAGGUCAUAAGGGUCGUGGUCAACAUGAGUAUACAGCCGGAAAUCGGCGCAAAACUGGUGAUGGCGGUCAACGAUCGACAUCCGAUACACAAGGUGAAGGAAUGCGAACAGUUUUUAGACGUUUUGCUGACCGUACUCAGACGCAAAUCUGUGGACGAAAACGAAGAACUUGUGCACGCCGCUUUAGCCGCCCUCAACAAUUUGUCUUACUUUGGCGACAUGACAGUAGCAAGCCGCGGCCCAUUUGCUUGCCGCCAAUUAGAUAUAACGCAAACAUUAAGUUUAAUGCUUAACACUAGAAAUCAUUUGUGUAAAGUGGAAAUUGUCAGAGUGUUUGGAAACUUGACCCGAUCAAGCAUCGUCCGCAAUUAUUUACUGGAAACCGACGGAUUGUUGGCGCUAACCAAUUGUUUGGAAAGCGGAGACCGUGAACUGAUAAUCGUCUGCUGCGGUGUUUUGGUCAACAUGACGUCCGACGAAGACAGCCGAGAGGCUUUUAAGAGUUAUGGUGGCAUUUCUAAAAUUGUGAAUAUUCUUAAAACCUCUGACGAACGCGACUGGACCCUAUACUUGUUGAUUUGCCAGACCCUGUGGAACGUGUGUUCUGGCACUGACUGUUUCCCUGACGACCCCAUGGUCGUUUUAGAUACUCUGGUCAGACUCACCGACGAGGAACAAUUAUUCACAGCGUUAUUGUCCUCUGACGAGGAGAAAGCAACAGAGUACAAACAGUGGGAAGAUUUCGCUUCGGUGGCUACGAAUCUCUUGGAGUGGUUGGACGAAUUGCUAGAAGGGCGUUUUUCUAAUGUUGAAAGUUAACUUGUAGCCCUUACAGUGAUAAUGGUCAGUAUAUGUUUUCGUUUAAUUACAAUUUAAAUGAUUAGUGAA